UUUAACGGUUCCGGGAUAAUUGUCGGUCCAGGAAAAUUGUUGGAAAGUAAAAAAGGGGCGCUUGCGCCCCCGAAAUGUGAAUGUUGGUCCGCUAAAUCGCAUUUCAGUCUUCGCGUGUCGUUGUCGCGCUCCAAUUGCCCAUUUGCCUCUACCCUUUUUUGAGGGCAGCGAAGCGAACACGUUGAUGGUUUUCCCGCGCUGAAAACCCUAAGGAAAGCAUCUCAGCGUCCCAGUUUCAGUGCAUUCAACCUCAACCCGGGAUCAUGGAAGCCUCUCUACUGGUGCUGCUUGCAUUCAUUGCCGGCUCACGCCAGGCCAGCAUCAAAGUCGAUCCGUCCACCUUGCCCACAUUUCUCACCUCCAGUCAAGUCUUCAAAGUCAAGGACCAGGACAGGGUGGUUUUGCCCUGUGAAGUCACAAAUCCUGGACCAUAUGUGCUGGCGUGGAAGAAAGGGAUAGCAGUUCUAUCGGCAGGAUCUGUGAAAGUUUCGCCCGAUCCACGCGUCCAGCUAAUCAACGGAUUCAACCUGGAAAUCCGCGAAGUCGGACCUCAAGACUCUGGCGAUUACGUUUGCCAGAUUGGUACGCUGGAACCAAGAGAGAUUACGCAUACUUUGGAAGUUCUCGAACCGCCCCGGAUAACGUACGUGUCCUCCAACGGGCGCGUGGAGGUGAAGAAAGGAUCAUCGGUUCUACUGGAAUGCAAAGCAGUGGGAAAUCCGAUCCCGCGACUGACGUGGUCCAGGAAGAACAAUCUGUUGCCUGGCGGGGACCAAACGGCAAUCACUUCGAUCCUGUCCCUGGAUCGCGUCGAUCGGCACCAUGCAGGCACCUACCAGUGCACAGCCAGCAAUGGAAUUGGGGAAGACGCUUCCAAGCAAGUCGUGCUUCACGUGCUGUAUCCCCCGGAAAUAUCCGUGGAAAACCCCAUCGUCCAUUCGGCCGAGGGAAUGGAAGCCCAGCUGGUCUGCAUCGUUCAUGGAGAGAAUCAACCCGAG